GGCCCCCAAGGCCAAACCUAAAAAUUACACAAACAUCACUAGCUGGGACCAGAGAUCCCGAAUCUUUUUUUCCUUUUCUUCCUCGCGGUCCCCUCGAAGAGGGAUAGGGGGAGAAGGCAAAGGAAGUAAGAACGAGAGGCUAAUCUGCCCCUCCCGUUCGAAAUCCCGGCGGAGAGAGGUGCAGAAUUUUUAAUGGCGAGUCUUGUUCUCUCCGAAUGCUGCGGACUGCGGCCUCUCCCGGCCUCCAUGCGCUUCAGGUCGAAGCCUCGGUUACCUGCAGCACCACAUCUGAGCUUCGUCUCGGGUGGAGGCCGACCGAUUUUAUCCGCCGGAUGCCUGCGCGAUUGGGCGCUGAGGGUGAGCGCACCGGCGAGGCCGGUUAUAGUGGAGCAGAAGGAAGGGGAGGGGGUUAUUUGGGCUCUGAAGGAGGAGUUCGAUCCCGGGUUGCCGCCGCCCUUCGGGCUGGCGGAGAUUCGUGCUGCGAUACCGAAGCACUGCUGGGUGAAGAACCCGUGGCGGUCGAUGAGCUACGUCGUGCGGGACGUCGCCGUCGUAUUUGGACUCGCAGCCACUGCGGUGUACAUCAACAGCUGGAUUGUUUGGCCGCUCUAUUGGGCCGCGCAGGGGACGAUGUUCUGGGCUCUCUUUGUGCUUGGCCAUGACUGUGGACAUGGGAGUUUUUCGAACAACCUGAAGCUGAACAGUGUGGUUGGCCAUAUACUCCAUUCAUCCAUUCUCGUGCCGUAUCAUGGAUGGAGGAUAAGCCACAGAACUCAUCACCAGAACCAUGGCCAUGUGGAGAAAGAUGAAUCUUGGCACCCUCUACCGGAGAACAUUUACAGGCGCUUGGAUUCAAUGACAAGGAUGCUCAGAUUCGCGUUACCAUUUCCAAUGCUUGCCUUUCCCAUCUAUCUAUGGGGGCGUAGUCCAGGAAAGAGUGGAUCACAUUUCAACCCUGAAAGUGAUUUGUUUGUUCCUACUGAAAGGAAAGAUGUCAUAACUUCCACUGCUUGUUGGAUUGCAAUGGCUUCUCUGCUGGCUGGAUUAACCUGGCUCAUGGGUCCUCUCAAAAUGUUUCAGCUUUAUGCUGUUCCUUAUGGGGUAUUUGUGAUGUGGCUGGACCUUGUGACUUAUUUACAUCACCAUGGACAUGAGGAAAAGCUUCCCUGGUACCGGGGAAAGGAGUGGACUUAUCUUCGUGGAGGUUUGACGACACUCGACCGUGAUUAUGGAUGGAUCAACAACAUCCACCAUGACAUUGGCACUCAUGUGAUUCAUCACCUUUUUCCACAGAUACCUCACUACCAUCUUGUGGAAGCUACGAUGGCUGCCAAACCAGUCCUUGGAAAAUACUACAGAGAGCCAGACAAGUCAGGACCUUUACCUUUGCAUCUCUUUCAUGAUCUGUCGAAGAGCUUAAAGCAAGACCACUUUGUUAGUGAUUCUGGAGACAUUGUGUAUUAUGAGAAGGAUCCUGAAUUGUCUUCCUCUUCUCACAAGUCUAAAUGAGGCCCUCAAGCUAGAUUCCGGAGCCAGUUCAUCACACUCUCUCUCAACUUGUAGUCUCAUUGAUCCCUUCAAGUCUAGAUUUGUUAUGGCUGUCUUCCCAUCACUAAGACUCGUUCGUUUUUCUCUCUUCUCAGCUCUUCUUACAAGCUGAAAGAGAUGCUGCAAGCUCAAUUUGAAGCUAUUGGAUAGUGAUAUUCAAUCAAAUUAUUGGUCAUUUUAUUCUUAGAAAUAAACAUGUAUUCAUGCUGAAGAUGCUUUGGGUAUGAUCAUCCAGCUUCCUAGCAUGUAUUCAUCUAAUAAAAAGAGUUCCCAAAGAAAUAGAAAAGCUACAUUAUUAUUAUGCGA